CACGAUGGAGAAGUUCUGGCUGGGUCUCUUGUGUCUCUCAGGCUGGAACAUCUCCUCAUGCCUUCCCUCUCAGUACCACUAUGUAGCUGAGCCUAUGACUUGGACUGAAGCUCAGACCUACUGCAGAGAGACGUACACAGACCUUGCCACUGUUGAAAACAUUGAAGAAAUGAAACAACUUCUCUCCACAGUUCCAUCUCUGCUUGAUGAACAUUUUGUCUGGAUCGGCCUGUACAGUAAAAUCGAGUGGAAAUGGUCAGACGGCUACACAGAGAGUGGGGCUGAUUAUAGGAACUGGCAGCCUGCAGAACCCAACUUUUACGGAGGUCAAUUCUGUGUUCAAAUGAGUGUGUUCAAUAGUGGAACAUUGUUCGAUUACUUCUGCUCUGUCAGACGUAAUUUUAUCUGUUACACAGGGACACAACAGGAUCCUGAGUUUGUCUUUGUCAAUGAACGCAUGUCUUGGUCCAAUGCUCAGAAGCACUGCAGGGAGAACUUCAUAGACCUGGCCACUGUGAGGAACUUCAAUGACACAGAGAAGUUCCUGAGCUGGGUGCAAAAAGGAAAAGAGGUAUGGAUUGGUUUGUACAGAGAUCCUGACUUUAACUGGUCUAAUGGGAGUCCCUCCACAUACACAUACUGGAAACGCAGUCCAACUCCAUUAGGCUCCAUGAGCGUGGCUUGUGGAGCUGCAGAGAUGCCAACAUCAGGAAAAUGGAUUUUGUCUGACUGCGAAACUAAACUCCCGUUCAUUUGCUACAGCCCUCCAUCAAAACAGCAGGUGAUAAAGCUCAGGAUGAAGCCAGAGGACUCCACUGUGGAUCUGAAUGACCCUGCUGUGAAAGCCGACAUAAUGAAAAAGCUCCAGGACAGGCUGAAGGAGAAAGGACUGAGUGGAGUCACCCUGAAGUGGAAAGAGCAGCCUGAUGGGAAAGUUUUCCACAAGGAAGAAAAACGAUGAAAACUUUAAGCUCUGCACAUGAAAUGUACCCGUGUUUAGCUGCACAGUAAUGUGUGUUAUCAAUGUUGGAUGAUGAUUCUAUCUGAGACAUGCAUUACAAUCAGUGACUAAGGCAUUCAGUGAGAUAAAUAAUUGUUUUAAAAGUGUAUCGUAAGUUUGUGACCCCUUAAGUGACCCCCGAAAUGUUUUUGUUCCUGUUGCUGGGAAAUUAGCCCUCAUCAAUAUCAGCGUUAGUGUGUCAUUAAUUUGUAUUGCCAUGAAUAGAUAUACCUGCUUAUAGUAACAAAUGGGGGAAAGGGGAUACAGGAUUGAUUAUAACAUCAAUCCGUUAUAAUCUGUGUUCUUAAAAAACUGUGUAAUGUUGUAAGAUUUGUGUUUGUUUAGAAUACUGUUUACUUUAAAGUAAAUCUCUGGCUUGCAUGAGGAGGAGAGACGGUAAAUGAACAGCUGUUAGAUAGUACACUCAUCUUGACACAAUGCUCUGAUUUAUGUUGUGACAUUAAUGCUUUUUAGCUGACAUCUGUCUCUGGAAUUUGGGGAUGUUGUGUAAGAGGGAGGCACCAAGCAGGUAAACAUGAGGAGAGGCUUGUUGUCCAUGUGCCUGGACAUUAAAGGCAGGGCACUUUUUAAGAUUUUGGUUCAAAUAGGUUGCGCAAAAUCGUCUUAUUUUGAAAUUCAACUGAAAUUUGUGGACUUCCUGUACAUUUUAGAGUACGGUCAUAAUGUAAUGUGACGUUCAAGCUGUCAAAAAUGCGCUCAAAGAGACCCAGAAAAUAGGGAAAAAACAAUUCCUUGCAUUACAAUAGGGUCCUACGCACUUGUCAGUGCUUCGGGCCCUAAUUAUUUCCCUGUAAUGAUUCCCAUGCAUGCUGCUUGAAGUGAUGUCAGUCAGCAGCUCUUUCUCCUCUCCUUCAGUGUGCAGCAGGCAGGUGAGCAUGAGUAACCAUGGUGACUGCCUGUCUGUCAAUCAAUGAUGUCCCGCCCCCUCUAUGAAUAAAA